AGCAGGUGGUGUAAACCAGUCCAGGUGGCAACAUGGUCGGCUGGCUGGUGCACAGACAAACUGACCGACAGACGGAUACUGGUCAUGCCAUUUUCCAUGUGCCUUGCUGGGGGCGAGUUUGCUCCCCGCAAGCAGAGAGAGCAGCUAUUUUGAAAGUGACCCCUCAUUCAGGCAGCGACUGUGCAGCUGUCAGGAACCAUGACUGAAGAUGACGGAUUCUGUUGUCGUGGAGGGAUAUGCCAGACUCAGAGAUGGAAAAAAGUGGAAAACUAGGUGGCUCGUUCUUCGCAAGCCGUCGCCUGUAGCAGACUGCCUCGUGCUGCUGGUUUUUAAAGACAAGUCUGAAAAGGCGCAGGGCAACAAAGAGAGGGCCAGUGUCAUCUUGGAGGAGAUCUGCGGUCUGGAAAUAGGACAGUGGUAUGAAGGUGUGGCUUUUACUCUGGCCAUCCUCUGCCUGAACCAGGCUGCUCUACUGGGCUUCGACAGCAAGGAGGCCCUGCAGGCGUGGGACGCCCGCCUACGAUACAGCCUCGGAGAAGUUCACAGAUUCAGUGUUGGAGUCUUACCAGGGACCAAGUUGGAGAGUGGACCUGCAACUCUUCAUUUGUGCAACAACCUACUGGCUCUUGCCAGGGACGUCCCUCCCGUUAUUAUCGGCCACUGGAACCUUCCAGACCUGCGCAGAUAUGGGCCUGUGCCCAAUGGAUUUGUGUUCGAGGGAGGAACAAGAUGUGGUUACUGGGCCGGUGUUUUUUUGCUCGCAUCUGCUGAGAGCGAGCAGAUCAGCUUUCUAUUCGACUGCAUCGUCAGAGGCAUCUCCCCCACCAGAGGCCCUUUUGGACUGCGGCCAGUUUUGCCAGAUCCCAGUGUCAGUCAGAAGAAUUCGGAGGAGAGGUUGAAUCACGAGGCCCAGGAGCUGGAGAAACGAUUGAGCAUGCUCUCUCACAGGAGCAGCACAGUCUCGUCCUCGUACAGCCAGUCUGCUGGGGGAGACGACCACAGCAUAUCCGGUUCCUCCGACACAUCAGACACCAGCCAGUCAGACUGCAGUAUUGGCAGCCGCGUGGCCAUUUGGACUGAGCCGUCCUCCAACCCAUCUGAAAACAUCAGCCAUGUGGGAGCUAAAGUGGCAUUUCAGAGCUUUGAGAAGCUUUCCGUCAACCAGGGAGGUGGAAACCGGCCUGCUGUCAAGCCCCCUCGACAGCUUCAGGAGAUCGGCCGUCAGAGCUCGUCUGACAGCGGCAUCGCUACUGGCAGCCAUUCCUCUUACACUGGGAGUUUCUCCUCCUACACAGGCAGCCUGGAUAUCACCCAUGGCGAGGACUUUGGGUCUGUUUUCAGCUUGCCUCCUCACUUGGCUCAAGACCUGAGCCCUUGUAUUUGCGCCACUGUGCCUGGACAUGAAUACCAAGUACCGACAUCACUCAGGUAUCUCUACGACAGCCCCAGGAGUCUGUUACAGGAGGGGAGUGAGGGUGUCAAAGAGAAUGAACCCUCCACCCCAACUAAGGACACACCUGCCUCUUCAGGCUUCACAACAGACUCAGCGACGGGGGAGAAAAUCAGCGCCAUGACCUCUGAUGCUCACUCAGAAACUACUCAAAGACAGUCAGUGAGUGAACACUUACAAGGCCCCUCAGAGAAGAGUAAGAAAACAAAGGUGCCGCCCUCUAGUGAACACCCAGACUCCUGUAACAUCUGCAGCUCUCUCACAUCUGUCUCCAAAACCAUUGUGACAAUCUGCUCAGUUUGUGGUGGAUUUAAGGGGACACAGUACAUCCCUGCAAGUGGUGCAGUGAUCCCUGCCAUACCAGAACAACAUAUUUUCAAUCCAUCAGAUCAAAGUGUUGACAAGUCACCAUGCAGACCCUGCAUUGCCAGUGAAUACAAUAUUGCAGUAAAAAACAUGAUGCCGAAACCCUGUGCCUCUCCUGGCUCUGGGAGCAUUGACAGCUCAGAGAAGCCAACAGCGAGGACAAGUGAGAAUUCACCGCUGCCAAAAAAAGGAAGAGAGAAAUUAUCCAGUCUCUUAGCUGAUCUGUUAGGCUUUCCAAGCGCAGAUAGGCAGCCAGAGGCCAAGACUAAGAGACUGAACGUGUAUGAGUCAAUGAGCCCUAGGUUUGGAAAUGAGCUCAAAUCUCCAGCAACAGGCACCUGUGUACCGAUACAGGAUUUACGGCAACACAGAAGAUCUGCCAUUUAUGAAAACUGUUUGAAGUGUCAAGGGGAGCACUGCCACCCUCCUCCACGGGUCGUACCCGCUGAAAUGUACCGCAACAGGAACAUUUCCACUUUACACACCUUUCCAACUGGGCUAAACCUGAAGAACAGCCAAGAACAAGAAGUAGAUGCUAAUGAGGAACUGCUCUAUCAAGCUCCCAGUGAUGGAUCACGGAGCGUGGACGGCCAGUGUCAGUUUGAAGAGAUGGAUGGUUGGACAGGGACCGGUGAAGACAAAAGGUCUCAUAGUAAAGAGGAAAGACACAGAGCUGAUCCUGCUUAUGAGAUCAUGGAGAGUCGGGCACCGGAGAGGAACCCUGAGGCAGAAGAAAAAAGCAAGUACGCGCUGAUGGGCAGUUGUGGUCAGCAGAGGUUCCUUCAAGAGACUGAAGGGGCAGUGUUCGUUUUUCCCCCAGAGGCUCCGCUUCCUGAAAGGCCUCGCAGUGAAGGUGUGACGUAUGUGAAUAUUCCUGUUAGUCCCACAUCCAAGAAGCAGCUGAACUACAUGGAGCUGGAGUUGCAGGAGCCAGGUCCAGGGACUGUCGCACACCCCCCUCCUCAGAGAAAGAGUUCCACCAAGUACGCCCAGAUCGACAUCACCGCCACAGAGACGGCCCACAAAGUCGGCACCCAGCAUGCCCUGGGUCGGCAGGAGGGCCUGCACACUCUGGAGCUGAGAAGAAAGGGGACGCUACACUGAUUUCUUCAUCACUAAACUGUUGAUCUCAGCAGCAUGUAAACUAAAUCAGACUCUAAAGUUAGAAGGAAACCUCUCUGAAGGAGUUUUCAGUCACUUCAUCCAGUCUACACAACAAAUCCCAGAAAAAUGUUGUCUACCCCAAUGUCCAUUUCAGACUUGCUUCUGUAAUCACAAAGCCACUUGAAAAUGGAGCCUCCUCAGAAAGGUUUUGCACAGGAUCAGGAGCAACAUUUCAGACUUUUCUCUCAGAUCUCAUUAAAUGGCAUUAUGUCAGUGUCGGAGCCUCAGGCUAACUUGGAGGAAGAUGUGCCAGUCCUGAGCUGAGUCACUGGCCCCGAUAAACCCCCAGAGCAGAGGCAUUUUACAGCCCACUCAGACCAUCCCUAAUAGUAAAUGCUGUUUUUGUCCUUGUUUGGGAGAACGAGGCAGGAGAGGAAGCAGACAUGUUGUUUGGAUAAGUUCACACAUUUACUUCUCAGCGAAAACCACACACAUGUAGUUGCACAAUACUCACUUUUAAGCAUAUUCAUAUUUGGGGAACUUCCUAUCCAGUCUUACUCAGAAUGUUGUGAAUUUUAGGCUCAAUGUUUAAAAUAAAUUGUACAAAUAAGAACAGUAUAAUCAGUGCUUCUGCAUAAUACUUCCACAUUGUGCAUGGUGACAUUUUUGCCUGGGUGUAACUAAUGGAUUGGUGUUUAUCAUGUGAACAGAAUCUCAAUGCUGCUAUUGUUUUUGCUUUACGGUUCAUAUAAAAUAGGAUUUACUCUGGAAAGUCCUCAUAAAUAAUGCAACAAUCACUCUGCAACAACAAAUGUAUCCCAGAACUGACUGCCUGGCAUUCAUUGCCAUUGUUUGUCAAAAUUAUGAAGUUUUCUUUUUUUACUCACUAAAGUGGUUAAAAAUAAUUGUAUUAUUGUGUGUGUGUGUGUGUGUGCACAUAAGCAUUUUUACUAAAACUGCAAUUUUGAAAAGAAGUAUUUAGUAUGCCUUUUGUAGAGCUAUUUAAGGAGCCCAUUUUAGUCAAUAUAUUGUUUUAGUCUCAUACUUUACUGAAUAACACUUUUGAUAUCUGUAAAUACAUUUUUUUCCAUUUAGGUGAUGUGGAUUGUUAUAAAAUAUACAUGUAAAGACUAUGUAUGUACAGGAAAGAAUUAAUGAACAGUGCCCACUUCCUAAGGCGCUAAUUUUUCUUCUUGUGAUAAUAUUUUCUUGUAAAUUAUUUAUGACUAACUACUGCUUUGAUGUGCACGUUCAGUUUUUCUAGAGCUACGGUUGAUCAUAUAUAGGACUCUCUCCCCCCCACCCC